AUGGAGAAUACUGAUAUACACGGGCACAUUCGACGGCCCUGGGAAAAGCCGAAGCAAGUUAGUGCAAACAAGCCCCAGCGCCUGAGGCCGUUCAAUGUUUUGCCUCUCAAAAUCAAGAAUCACCUCAUCGCGGUGAUGAGCGAGUUUGCGGGCACCUUCAUGUUCCUAUUGUUCGCGUUCGGCGGCACGAACGCCGUUAACACGAAUUUGCCAGGAGAUCCGGCCGCCGACCCUUCCAAAUUGUUGUACAUUUCACUAUGCUUCGGCAUGAGUCUUGCUGUCAAUGCUUGGGUCUUCUUCCGCAUAAGCGGCGGCCUUUUCAAUCCGGCUGUCACAAUGGGCAUGAUGCUAGUCGGCGCUAUGGGGUAUAUUCGUGGUUCCAUGGUGAUUGUUAGCCAGAUCAUAGGUGGCAUUGCAGCGGCAGCCGUUGUGAAAGGACUUACGCCUGGACCACUCUCCGUAUCAACCAGUUUAAGCCCCGGGACAACAGUCGUACAAGGCUUGUUCAUCGAGAUGUUCUUGACAGCCCAGUUGGUGUUCACAAUCUUCAUGCUCGCUGCCGAGAAACAUCGCGGGACAUUCAUAGCCCCCAUUGGAAUAGGGCUGUCGCUUUUCAUUGCCGAGUUAAUGGGAGUGUUCUACACCGGUGGAGCCGUGAAUCCAGCACGAGCCUUUGGUCCCUGCGUUGCUAUCCGCGAGUUUCACUCGUACCAUUGGAUAUACUGGGUAGGCCCUGUCCUGGGUUCGCUUUUGGCAUCUGGUUUCUACGUCUUCAUCAAGGCUCUCGAGUACGAAACUGUCAAUCCGCAACAGGACCAACCUACCGAAGAGCCCGUCGAGCCAAAACACCCCUCAGAUCAUUUUGAGGGUGAUGGGCAUGAAUGGGAACAGGUCUUGCCAGUUACUAGCAAUGGGCCAUAUAGAAAGGGGCCCAGUAUGGAGGCAACUCGCAGUUGA